AUGUGGAUACAGCAACAUCUUGCCGUUGAUUCUGACAUGUAUAUUGCUUCUAUUACAUGCAGCUCAUGCCCUUCUUAUCCACUUCCUUGUGCUGCACACAUUCCUCACAAACAGCUGCAGGAUUUGACAUUUGAGACCAGAGAGUCUUUUGAAAAGUUUGUUGGUGACUUGGCAGCUAACCAUGGAUGCAUGCUCAAGGUUAGGAGCUCUCAUAAAGACAGGGAUGUUCUUUUUUGUUGUGUCAACUCCUUUGAUACUACUAUGCCUUUCAAGUCGCAUCGAAAGUCGAGUUUAGGGACAAGAGCAUCUCAGCAACUGUUGCCUUGCCCUUUUGCGAUCAGUGGCCAUAAAAAGAUAGAUGUCUGGAGAGUGCAGGUUAGAAACUGUAUGCACUCAUGCCAGGCUCGAUCAGUGUCUGGUUUGAACUCCAUUCGGUCCAACCUGUCUGCUUCAAGCAAAGUGAUUCUACCCAAUCAGUCCGAGUUCAAGGCAGAUUCUAUUUCAGCUACACUCAACACCAGCGUUCAAUGUCAAUCGACUAAUGAUAAAAGAGAUAUUUCAGUUGAGCAUAACAAUUCUAAAGUUUUGAGCGACUCUGUAGAUCAUGGAUUUACAGCAGCUACAAAUACAGCAGUUUUGCCAUUAGCAAGUACUGGAACCCAAUCUUUUCCAAGACUGUCGCUUUUAUCACCAGGCUUAUGGCCCCUGCAUCAUACUACAGAAACACACAAUCUUGUCAAGGAACAUGCUAAUCCGAUCCUAGUUGAACAUGCAUUGCAUACUGAUCUAGCAACAAACUCUUUUCCCAAUGUCAGUUCAGAUGUUUUUUCCGAGAGCGAUGCAUUGGCACAAUUUUUCCGUCAAAUUGGACCAACACUUGCCUAUCUGGUUGCAGCCCAGCAGUUUCAAUCAGAGAAUCCGGGUAAUCUUGAGCAUCUAACAGAGCAGUUAUUGAUGGAUCAGCUAUCUCAACACAUACCCCUAUCCCCACCAGUAUCGCAGAUUUCAUCAACCAUGAUGACACAAUCAACUUCAUGCAAUGAUAUCUCAGUAAAACGACGACCUCUAGCCCCGCGACCGGGACCUAUUUUUGAAAGAUGUAUACCCAAUGCCACUGUUUCCAGCACAUUACCAUUGUCUCAUAACCUAUUGCGCAAUGCACACGUCAAGAAACCAGCAGAUUUAUUUAAAUACAAGCGACAGCGUGCUAAAUGCAAACUAUGCUGUUCAGCAGACUGUCCAGGUUCUACAAAAGGAGUGUUUGGUUGUCGACACAAAAAGGUGAAUACAAAAAGAGCCAUUGCGCCAGCACCACCAGUAAUUAUGGAAAAUCAAAUGAUAUCAGAAACCAUUAGUUUGACAAGGAUUGAAACUGGAAAGAUUUCUGGAACAAAUUCUGAAAUUCGAUUUAGAAGAACGCAAAACAGAAACGCUUUGCGUGAGCAAACAGCCGAUUUGAUUUGA